CAGGACGAAAAUCGAUUCCAUAACAAGCCGAAUAGAAUAUCCCUGAAUAGUAUUGAGACGACAGAACGGUUCUCGAAUCACUUCACAUAAUGAUGACACAAUUAGCGUUGAUAAUGUUUAACACGCUUGUCGUUUCGUGCCAUUUAGAUCUCGCGAGUGCCAAAGGACCUCACCACCCACGAGGGGAUUACACGGCCAGAAACAAGAAGUUUGACGAACAUUUGCACGUGCAGGAUGAUCACAUUCAGCAAGAUCUGAAACAACUAUCGAUCAGCGAAGACGAGCUUGCAAGAAUGACGGACGAAGAGAAGAAUUUUUAUUUUUUCAAGCUACACGAUUCGGACAAUAAUGACCACCUGGAUGGCCUGGAAAUUCUACACGCGGCCACGCAUCACUCCGAUAGUCAUGUGCACAAGUUGGAUCGAGAGGAUGAAAACAAUUCAGCUGAAAAUGCAGUUAUUGAAGUAAUUGAUGACUUUCUUGCUUACGCUGAUUUGGAUCAAAAUGGUUUGCUAACAUACCCUGAAUACAUGAAGGCCAUAAACACUGAGAUGUGGAGUAAAAAAGUGGCUGAAACAACUGAAAGCAUGAUUGAUUCCACCUAGUCAUUGAGCUAAGAACAACAUGUUGAAGCUUCGCUUCCGCACCAUUUAUUGACAGUAAUUACAAGGAAUAAUCAACUACAAAGCCUUAUAUCAGUACAGAUGACAAGGAUAAAUCAUUUCACAUGGUGCCCCCUGAAGCCCCUCCAUAACAGCCCGGUCCAGCUGCAGCAACAUUCGGUUAUAUUUCCCAUUUUUCGGAAUCUCCGGAUCGAAUAUUUCCGCUCCCUUCACCAGUGCGUGGGCAGCUCUCGCGUACUCGUUAGCAGUUCGUGGAGAUCGACAUGCAGAUUGCAGCAUGCAGCCUUCCUGGCCUGAGCCUUCAGCUGCUAGAUAGCCCAGCAUUAGGCCCGUCUCGCCAGGCUGGAAAAGCGUUCCUAUGAGGGAAAAAAGAAAGCAAAAGUUGCACGAUUACCCGUUCACUUCAGGUCUCUAAAAUUGCAUCAGAUUUGCCAUUGCCGCCCAAUUAACCCAGAUAAUUUGGUUUCUGGUUAUUGUGUUCACGGCUGGAAACGACUAACAAUAGCCCGGCCCAGAGUGCAUAUUAGUAGCUCGAUUGUGCAAUAUAGUGACAGAGUUACUCACCGUCUUCGCUUCUUCCGCGAGCAUAUUGUCCCCAAUUUCCGGCGCCAAUCAAUCCGGCCGCGAAGAUGAGGGCCUUCAGCAGGAACAGAAUCAGCAAGUUGGAGAGGUUCAAGCUUAAAACCUUUAUGUAAUAUUUAACAAUUAUUAGUUGGUUUUGUUCAUUACGUUUUGUAUAAAAAUCUAAUUAUGUUGAUUGGUUGCACAUAAUAACAGUUCUUCAAGAAUAAAUUUGAAAAAUUGAGAUUGCAAUCGAAUGCAUUAUUUUUCGUCGAGCUGGUAUGAUGCUCAAGUUUGUUAUGUCUAAAUCAUAGUUGAUUAAAUUGUUAUUGUUUAGAUCAUUCGAAUUUAAUUUUUACGCCACAUCCUGUUGAUGAGAAUCAAACAAUUAAUGAUAAGCACAUUUGUUUCAGUUAAACUGGUGGGAUAUAUCUAGAUAUCGAUAUGGGAUAUCGCUAGAUAAACCGAAAAACAGACGAUUUUGAUCUUGUGCAUAAGGUGGUAGUUACC